CUCACACACCUCUUCAAAGGCCGAUAGCAAAGGGGGUCAAGGUCCGACUGUUGGGCAAGACACUCUCAGAUCCGAACGUUUUUUUUUUAUACGCCCCGGAGAAUACGCACACACGACUCACGAGCUUGCAUCAUCACGUCGGGGGGCAGAUUACUACGUAUGCUCCCUCCGAAAAGAUCAGACGUGAUAGGGACAUUUGACAGCCCAGAAAAAGGAUGGGAUCCCUGGGGUGGCCAGUAUAUAAAGGAAACGGUCUUGCGUCCAGGUCCCGUCUUGCCAGAACAGCAUUGCCUGCAUACACACCUUUGCUUGAGCCAUUACCGGAGUGCACAGAUAUAUUGCAAUUCUUACCGAAGACUCGUAACACAUCUCGCAUCCAUCGUCGCAACAAUCGUCGCAACCAUGAAGUCUCCAAUAGCCCACUACGCAAUGCGUCCAAUCAAGCAAGAAUACUACGCACCACCGGCGCCAAUAUAUCCAGGCCCCAACGUCCCUCGCCAGCCGCAGCGUCAACAACGCCCGCACAUGCACAUUCCCUACGCACGACCAUCCCCAAACGAAGAUCCGGCAAUAACCGCCGCAACGAUGGCCAUGUGUGCUCGCGAAGAAUCGCUUGCCGCUGAGAAGCUCCGCCGCGAUCACCGCCGAAGGUUGUCGCACUCCGCCGUCGAAAGGCGUCGACGGGAACGUAUCAACGACAAACUCGUUCAUCUGCGGGCGCUACUUCCCUCUUGCCCGGCGGGGCAAGAGCCAGCACACAAGCUGACCAUCCUGCAAGGAGCGAUCGACUACAUCAGCUAUCUUGAAUCGCAACUUCCUGGUCAAUCAGCCAAACGCGAAAAGCAACAAUUGCAACAGGAACAAAAGAGUCAGCAGGACUCGGGUUCCAACCAAAAGCGACGGACCCUCAGUCUUGAGAUAAUCGAUGAGCAAGAGCACGAGAACGAUUCGGAUUCUCGCUCUUCUCGAGCAACGAAGACCGAGCAAAACUCCUCUCGAUGGGUGCCUGAACAAGAGCACGUACCAUCAGACCAAGCGUCCGUGUCCGACCAUCACCAGUCACCACCACAAGCACCUCACCCAUACGAAGGCGGUGACCGUCGCUACUAUGAACUGUCCCCAGGUUGCUCCUUGACUACACCCUCUCGGUAUUCUCCAGCCUCGUCGUCAACAACAAAUACCGCAAGGGACUGCAUGAGUCUGAAGAACAUGCUGCUGUUUUGAACUCAUUGUCCGAACAUAUCCUUCCCCCUCCCCUUUUUUAUUUUUUGGAAAUAAUA